AAUAACCAACACAUCAGAAAUGUGACAAUGGCAAAAAAAUUAAGGAAGUGGAAAUGUCACGGGGCCGCCCCCCAAACAUUGGAUUUGUUUGGUAAAGAUCAUUAAUGAAUGUUGUGUUAAAAUUACAUGGAAGGGAAUUCCCCUACAAACAGCCUGCUCUUCUCUGCAGACAGGAGAUGGCGUACCCUUUCAUAGCUGUUCAUGCAGGCGCAGGUUACCAUAGUGACUCCAAUGGUACCAAACUGAAAGAUCUGUGUAAAACGGCUUGCCUUAAGACAAUGGCAGCACUGAGAGAGGGAAGGGAUGCAGCUGAGGGGGUAGCCAUUGCUAUAUCAGAACUUGAGUCCAGCCCCCUCACUAACUCUGGCCUGGGCUCUAACCUCAGUCUCACUGGACAGGUUGAGUGUGACGCUAGUGUCAUGGAUGGAGACGGUGGCUUCGGCUCUGUAGGUGCAUUGCAAGGUGUGGUGAACCCCAUACAAGUGUCACUGGAGAUGCUACGAGAUAGUUCCCACGGUACCCUAUCUCUGGGGAGAGUCCCUCCAUUAAUGUUGACUGGAGAGGGUGGGCGAUUAUGGGCGGAGCAGCGAGGCUGUGGGUUGUGUCAGCCUGAUGAGCUCAUUACUGAUCGUGCCCGAGAGGUAUACCUGGACCACAAGUCACGCUUGGAUGGAGCCUCCUCCCCUGCACCAAAACACCGCAAGAGGAGGAGAGAGGAUAACGGACACAAUAAGGAGGAACCUCCAUUGGACACUGUGGGUGCUAUAUGCCUGGACGGACGAGGGGGCGUUGCAGGGGGUGUGUCUAGUGGGGGAAUUUCCCUCAAGUUCCCCGGUAGGGUGGGGCAGGCGGCUGUGUUUGGGUGUGGCUGUUGGGCCCAGCACACACCCAGCAAAGAGAGCAGAGCUGUCGCUUGCAGCACUUCAGGUACUGGAGAAUACAUCAUCAAGACCAUGCUGGCUAAAGAAUGUGCCGAAUCCAUGAUAGACUCUAGCCUUGAGCAGUCUUUGACUGAUAAAUUCUUGCGCUCUGAGCGGUUGUCCUCUGUUGAUCAGAGGUUUAAACUAGCAGGAGUCAUUGCACUCAAUCUCACAACAGACGGUGACGUCCACUUCUCCUGGGGCCACACAACGGAGAGUAUGUGUGUGGGGUACAUGAGCCACACCCAUCAACAACCAACGGCAGUGCUGUCAAAGAUGGCCGAUCCUGAUAAGGCUGGACUAACCACACAAGUAGAAGCACUCAAACUAUCCCCAUCAUGAACAACUUAUAUUAUAAUGAACUAAAUAAUAUCAACAAUGUUCAUUGAGACCCAAG